AUGGGAUCAGCUCGUACAGCUCGAUACGAGUUCUUUGUGACGCGCUGGGCGGCACUCUGGGAAUACACUAGCGGCGCAGUCAAGGCGGCGCGGAGCGGGGCGGACACAACAGCAUCUGCAGAAGAGGCGGCCAAGGCCGCCAUUGCGCUGCGCAAAGCUGCAAGGACCAGGGAGGUGCUGCAGCAGCUGCAGGAGUUUGAUGAGCGACACAUGCAGUUGACGGCGCGCUUACAGCCGCUGGCAGACAGCCUGCCCAAGCUGCGGCGGGAGCUGGGGCAGCAGCCGGGGGCGCAGCAGCCGCAGCAGCACCCCCUGCAGCAGCAUCUGCAGGCGCAGCCGCAGCAGGGGGUCGAGCCCGACCCCUUCGGCGUGCGCGCCGCACUUGGCGCGGGCCGGCCGCUCGCGCUGGCCGCGUGGCGAGAAUACCUGCGCGCCGUGGCGGGCGCGAGCGCGGCGGCGGAGCGGCUGCUGUCGGGGCCGGACCUGGACCAGCUGUCGCGCUUUGGCCGCGAGCGGCGGGAGCUGGUUUUCGAGCUUGCGGCCCUGCGCCGCCAGCUGGCGGGCGGCGCCGCCGCCAUCCCCGGGCCCGGCCCCAUCGCGGCCGCGUGCGACGCGUUUGACGCGCUGCAGGCGCGGCUGGCCGAGGCGCAGGCGCUGAGGGCGGGCGCGCUGAAGCGGGAGCUGGCAGGACUGGACCUGCCGCUGCUCGAGCUAAGGCUGCGGCGGCGGGAAGGGGAAGCAUAUCACAGCUCGACAACGGAGGCCGCGCUGCGACGGCUGGUGCAGACACAGGUCGACGCAGCGCGCGGCGGCCUGCCACUGGGCGCGUGGCAGCAGGCGGCAGAGGACUUGGUUGUGCUCGGCCAGGCUGUGCAGCAGCGGCAGGAUGAUCAGCUCGAGGUCAGCCCGCAGCGGCUGGCGCAGCAGGCGUUUGCACGGCUCUCGCGGCUGCCGCCAGCGGCGGGCGAGCGCGCCUCCGCCGCCAUGCCCCAGCUGCCGGACGUGGACUGGUCAAGGUAUCACCUACAGGUCCUGAUCAUCGACGCCGACGACGUGCUGCGCGGCCGCCUGGCGUGCGGCCUGUUUGAGCGCGUCGCGGAGUGGAACGGCUACGGCCGCGUCCUGCUGCCCUGGACCUGCGGCGUCGACGCCGACCAAGACGCCGCGUGCGGCAGCUUGGCCACGCAGGCGGCGCUGAUGUCCAAGGCGCGUGACCUGCGGCUGCGCCCAAAGAGCUUCACGCGCCCCACGGAGCGCUUUGAGCCCGCAGACCUUGACAGGCAUGACGUCAUCGUGGCUGUUGACCGCGCCACCAAGGACGCGGUGCUGCGCCUUGUCGACCCCAGGUGGCGGGAGUGGUACGACGACCGCGUGCGCCUGCUGUCGGAGUAUGCUUCACCUGGCCUCAUUGCCGACGCCCAGCUACUGCGCAGCGGAGGCACGGCGCUGCUGCCCCAGGACAUGCGCGCCGCGCUGUCGGCGCAGCCCCGGCCCCUCGCCGAGCUGCGCAGCGCCGUGGACGUGGCGCGGCCAGACCUGACAGACGCGUCGGAGGCGGCGGCCGACGCGUGGGACGCGAUGGUGCACCAGAUGAUGCUGGGGUGCGCGGGGCUGACGCGUUACCUCAUAGACUGCUACCCGCCAGACCUGCCUGACUACGACCCGCUGUGA